AUGUAUAAUUUAACAAAAACCAAUAUAGACAGUAAAUAUAGAAACCAAUCACAGCCAAAUUUAGAACCAAAUUCAUUUGGCAAUACGGAAAGUGUAGAAGCCAAAAUAAAUGUCGAAUAUUCAGACGAAACUUUGGACCAAAACCGUCCUUACAACGUUUAUAAUAGAGAAAAUACAGAAAUUAUAUUUAAUUUUGAUGAUAAUCAAGAAAUUUCCAAUUUGAAUAAGUUAAAAAUUAUCACAUGUAAGCUACUUUCAAAUAGACCCGUCGAUAAUGAAGAACAUAAAGCUAUAAAAAAGGCUGUUUUCAGUUUUAUUAAUAAACUUAACAAUAAAAAUGACCAAAAAAGAUCAGUAAACACACAAACUGAUGAAGUCUCAGUUAUUUCUAUUGAGGAAUACAAUGUCAUUAAAAUUAUGAUAAGAAAUAAUAUAAUGAAAGUUUUAUCACACACAACACAAAAAAAUUCCAAUGACAGCUUGGUUAAUAACCAUUCACAAAACACAAGGAAUGAAAAUAUAUUGAAUUUUGGCAAUGAAUCUCGUUGCGAAGCAAUUUUCAAACAAUCAGAAAAAAACAAAUCAAUAAUCAUGGGUGUAUAUAACUCCGUUAUUAAAGAAAUGCUACAUCCUGCAAUCAAAAAUGAAGAAAAUAUGAAGACCAAUUUUAAUAAAACGUUUACUUUAGUAUCAGAUUUAAUUGGUGAAAUUUUGAAUAAUGAAAUACCAAAUUAUGCAAUAAACUUACCAGAUAAGUUAUCUUUCACUGAUAUCAACAAAAUUAAUAUAAAAAUUGAUAUGAAUGAUGAAACGAGGCUUUUAUUAUCUCAACAUAUAAAACAGCUUCAGGAUUUUCGACAGAACCAACAAAUCGGGUAUAAAUUUUCCACUCAACAGCAACACGAAGAACCACAAUUUAGAAUGCAGCAAUCUAACAACAGAUAUGCGCAAGUUCAAGGCGUAGGAACGUACAACACGAACAACUGGCCUAGGGGUCAUAACCUAGAGGCUACAAACGUACAACUCCCCACACAAAAAAUAACACCUAAUCAGAGUCACCACAUUGGAGUUUUGGAAGCUGUUCCCCACCCAAAAGGUCAAACCAGGCGCUCGUAUUCUCUUGGAGAUUCAGGUAACUAUAAAAAUUAUAAUAAUCAACGACAACAUCCGUAUCGCAAUCAAAACCACGAUAUAAACAGGCCUCCAGGCGCUCAGGGUCAAUAUGAUUUCAACAGUAAUGUAAUGGUGUUACAUCAACAACAACAACAACAACAACAACACCUUCAACAGAAUGCUAUACUGGUGCAACAAAAUAAUAACUGGCAACAAGAUGCCGCUGGCCACAAGCAGUUUAAUAUACCACAUAGUUUUUAA